GGGGGGGGGGGGGGUUUAGAGCGCGGGAUGCUUCACCGGUAUGGUUUUUGUGGUUGUCGCGAGGCGGACUUGAGGUUUGCCUGCCUGGUUUGCCUUGUGAGGCGCACGUAUAAGGCUGACUUUUUUGGCUCGCGUGUGGGUGUGGGUGUUUGCCUUGGGUAUACAUGCGUCGGAGCGGAGGCUUUUUUUUUAGGGCGACGCGAGAUGCUUGGAUUGUAG